AUGGAGUUCUCUGCACCACCUCACUAUCUUCCAUGGCACCUUGUCCCUUACAACCUUCUAUUUCCCUAUAAUUUCACCCCAGAAAACUAUGUUCACUGGACUGAAACCCCUCAAUCUCAUAUAUUUUCAGCUGACAUCCCAGGUGUUAGGAAAGAAGAGCUAAGGGUAGAGGUUGAAGACUCAAGCUACCUUAUCAUUAGAACUGAAGCUGCUGUUAUGGAUGGAGAAUCAACAGAGCCUGUGAGGAGGUUUAAGAGGAAGUUUCGGCUUCCCGGGAGGGUUGAUAUUGAUGGAAUCUCUGCUGAUUAUGAAAAUGGAGUCAUAACUGUUACAGUUCCAAGGUUAAUCAGGAGAGGUUUCUAUAUUGACCCUGCUACUGUGCCUGAGAGAUUGGAAGUUCUUGCAAGAGCUGCUUGA